UCUCUCUCCCUAAUCGCCCUAUAAAACUCUUCUCCUCCCAUCCUCACAAGUCACAAACCCAAAAUUCUCAACUCUACAUUUUUGCAACACAGCCAGAAUAUAGAAGAAUUCAUCUGAGUCUCACCUGAAUUUUACAUACAUACAUAUAUAUAUAUAUAUCAUCGAAAAAGUGUCUAGCCGAGAAAAGACCAAAAGAUUGAUAAGAGGCAAACAUCAAUUGUUGGAAAUGGAGAGCACAAUAACUUGGGAGACCGAUCUUAAUCUCAAGGCAACUGAGUUAAGAUUGGGAUUGCCGGGGACGGGUGAGCCCGAAAAACAUUCUCCUUCUACAAUUAAGGGUACUAAGAAAAGAUCCUCAUCAGAAAUGGACAAUGUUUCAAAUGAUGACCAUGAUCAAUCCCCACCUGCAAAGGCACAAGUUGUGGGGUGGCCUCCGGUCAGAUCUUACCGGAAAAAUUGUUUCCAAGCGAAGAAAGCCGAUACGGAUGCUACCGGAUUGUAUUUGAAGGUGAGCAUGGAUGGAGCUCCUUAUCUGAGAAAAAUUGAUCUGAAGGUUUUCAAAAGCUACCCAGAGCUCCUCAAGGCCUUAGAGAAUAUGUUCAAAUGCACUUUUGGUGUGUAUUCAGAAAGAGAAGGUUGCAAUGGAUUUGAGUUUGCAGCAACUUAUGAAGACAAAGAUGGUGAUUGGAUGCUGGUUGGAGAUGUCCCAUGGGAGAUGUUUAAUACCUCUUGCAAAAGGCUGAGAAUCAUGAAAGGCUCAGAAGCUAAAGGCUUGGGAUGUGUAUAGAUCAGAUCAACCCCUGUACUAAUACAUGAGCUUGGGCUGUCCCUUGAGUAAUUUGUUCAUUGAGAGCUUACGAUAAAUCGACACAGAUCAGUACAGAGGCUGAUAUUCAUGGCUGGUUUAGCCUUUCUAUGUGAUCUUGAUUUCUCCGCAAUCCAUCAAACAAAUACUGUUGGGAUGAUCAUAUGAUAUAUUUCUCCCAAGAUUUUGUCGUGUAUUAAAUAUAAAAUUAUACAGACUCAUAUACACAAAAUUGUAUCCAGAGUUUUAAGAACACAAAAUGUAAAUCUAAUAUUUGUUGUUCUUGUAAUACAAAAGCAUGUUCUGUACGUUUUUCUUA